AUGCUUCUUCACGAUCAAACCUAUGGAAUUCAACGAAAAUUGGAGAGAAAUGAUACCAGUGCCACUACAUCAUCCUCUCUUGUAUUGGAACAUAACUUUACAAAAGCAAGACAAUACGGAUCCAACGGAGUCGAUGUUGAGACUUUAAAGGCUUUCUUGGAUGGUAAAUAUGCUGAUACCAAGGAAAGAGUGAGACAAACAUUGGCAAAGGAAAUUUCCCUCACUUCUUUGACUAUGACACUUUGCAUUACCAAGAAGCCCGUAGAAAAUGAUUAUGGAAGAUUUGUUGCAUGGUUUGAAGCAUUUGGUCAUUUCAACACUUCACUUUGUGUCAAGAUGGCUGUUCAAUACUCAUUGUUUUGUGGUACCUUGGCAAACUUGGGUACAGAUAGACAUCACGAAUUUGUUAAAUUGGGCCAAAGACUUCAAGUAUUGGGUUGCUUUGGUAUGACAGAAAAGGACACGGUUCAAAUGUCCGAGACAUGGAUCGGAGGUGGACAAUUUUGUCACUACUCUGUAGUUUUUGCUCAACUCAUUUUGAAUGGAGAAAGAAAGGGAGUUCAUGUUUUCUUGGUUCCAAUGCGUGACAGAAACACACAAAAGUUAUUACCUGGAGUUUAUGUUGAGGAUGUUGAAUACAAGUUAGGAUUGAACGGAAUUGACAAUUAUUCCUUCGGAUUUAAUAAUGUUCGUAUUCCUCGUACUAAUCUCCUCAACAGAUUCAGUGACGUGACUCCUGACGGUAAAUAUAUCUGUAAAUUCAAGACAGAAUCACAACAUUUUGGUGCCACCGUUGGAGAAUUGAGUGGAGGUAGAGUCGUCAUUGCAGGUCUUGGCUCUGCUUGUGUUAAAUCCUGUCUUGCUAUUGCUGUAAGAUACGGCUUUACUAGAAAACAAUUCGGACCACCAGGAAAGGGUGAAAUUUCAAUUAUGGAAUAUCCAUCUCACUACACUAGAUUGAUGCCUUUGGUUGCUAAAACAUAUGCCUUGUCAUCUGCAUUGUCCUAUGUUCGUGAACAAUAUCAUCACAAGCACAAGAAUGCAGAAGCUAAUGCUCUUGGACACUGUUUGACAUCAGCCAUCAAGGUUGCAGGCAGCUUCCAUACCAUCAACACUGCUGACAUUUGUAGACAAGCAUGUGGAGGUGCUGGUUUCCGUGCUCCAAACCUUAUUUCUGGAUUUUUGAGAGAUACUCACGUCUUUGUUACAUUUGAAGGAGACAAUCAAGUAUUACUCCAACAAGUUGCCAAGUACCUCAUUGCUCAAUAUGCUCAAGCUGUGAAACAAGGAUGUUUCUGUGGCACUGUUCUUGAAUACUACAAAGAUGGAAAGGUAGAAUUUAAUGGAGAACAAGAUUUGACAUGUCCAAAAUAUCAACUCUACUUGUUCAGAGCUAGAGAGAUUAAGAUGGUAGAAGAAUUGAUUAAGAGAUUGAGAGAUAGAGAAGGAAAGGGUGAGGACGAAUGGGAGGCUUGGAAGAAUGAAAUUGUGUUUGCCAAUGAACUUGGUAUGGCAUUUGCUGACAGAAUGGUUCACGAACAAUUCUUGAAGGCCUCUAACUUGUGCAGCUUCUCAAUCUCCAAUACUCUCACUCUUUAUGCAAGUUGA